GUAGGAGUGAAGCAUCUCGCCGUGUUAACCCAUCUCUGUUCUCUCAUCAGCAGCACCAGCCCCGCCUCGCGACGCGAACAGCUGGCUGGUUCACCGCCAACACAACCCACAUCUGGCUGUCACACAGCAGAGCUGCUGCCGCUGCAUCCGGUAUCGCGGCAUGCUCACAGUCACACCGGGACAUACGAAGCGGAUUUUACCCAGAGGAGCGCCAUGUCCGAGGUGCGAAAAUUCACAAAGAGAUUAAGCAAACCUGGGACGGCCGCGGAAGUCAGGCAGAGCGUUUCGGAGGCUGUGAGGAGCACCGUGGACCUUGUGGAGCAGCCAAAGAUCAUUGAACCACUGGACUAUGAGGCCGUGGUGUUUCAGAGAAAGGCCCAGAUCCACAGUGACCCCCAUCGAGACCUGCUGCUCUGCCCCGUUGACGAUGUCUCGGAGUCCCAGAUCUCACGGCAGAGGAGGACUGUUGUUCCCUCAGUGCCCCAGAAUGCUGAGCGGGAGGCCAGGAGUCUGUUUGCCAAGGAGUGCAUCAAGAUGUACAACACAGACUGGCGUGUGAUCAACUACAAAUAUGAGGCUUACUCUGGUGACUUCCGUAUGUUGCCGAGCAAAGGCAUGAAGACAGACAAGCUGCCAGCUCACGUGUUUGAGGUCGAUGAAGACGCCAAAGACGAGGACACAUCAUCACUGUGCUCUCAGAGGGGCGGCAUCAUGAAACAGGGCUGGCUACAUAAAGCCAACAUCAACAGCAGUUUGUCUGUCUCCAUGAGGGUGUUCAAAAGGAGGUACUUCUACUUGUCUCAGCUCCCUGACGGCUCCUACAUCCUCAACUCCUACAAAGAUGAGAAGAACUGCAAGGAAACCAAAGGAUCCAUUUACCUGGACUCCUGCAUAGAUGUCGUUCAGAGUCCUAAAAUGCGCCGUAAUGGCUUCGAGCUGAAGAUGCAAGACCGCUACAGCCACUUCCUGGCUGCAGACAGCGAAGCAGAGAUGGAGGAGUGGGUGGCUACGCUGAAACAGGCUCUGCAGAGUAGCAUUGAGGCCGGCCAGGACAGGAGGAAUGGUGCAGAGUCACUGGACUGCGCCCUGGAUGAUGACAGCCAAGGUAAAGGUGACAGCCUGCUGGAGAGCCUGGGGAGGAGCCUACACCCUGAACUUAUGAAGUACACCAGGGAGACAGACCAGCUCAAUAAGAUCAACAGGAACGAGAACAGACAGAAGCUUUUCUCUCUGGAUCCUGAGACACAGAGACUGGACUUUUCCGGCAUUGAGCCAGAUGUGAAGCCAUUAGAGGAGCGUUUUGGCCGGCGCAUCAUGGUCAGCUGCCAUGAUCUGACCUUCAGUCUCCAGGGUUGCGUUAGUGAGAAGGGCGACAGCGUUCUCACCAAUGUGGAGCCGUUCUUCAUCAGCCUGGCUCUUUUUGACGUCUCCAAGAGCUGUAAGAUCUCAGCUGAGUUCCAUGUUGACCUCAACCCGCCCUGCGUCAGGGAGAUGUUGACCGACGCCUCGGGCCAGCUUUCUCCUUCAUCAGACUCAGAUGGCGGAGGAGGAGGAGCAGCGAGGGAGAGAGGAGGGGGAGGUGGGCUCAUGGUGAACGGAGACACAGGGAGAGGGAACGGCCUGCCUGUCCUUCAGAGGGCAUCAGAAGAUCUGCUGCGCUUCCCCACACAGGCUAUUUUUUCAGUAACCAACCCUCAUGCAGAUAUCUUCCUGGUGGCCCGUGUGGAGAAAGUGUUACAGAAUGGCAUCACCCACUGCGCCGAGCCAUAUAUCAAGACAUCAGACAUCAACAAGACUGCUCAGAAGGUGCUCAAAACUGCCAAGCAGACAUGCCAGCGCUUGGGACAGUACAGGAUGCCAUUUGCCUGGGCUGCCAAGCAGGUGUUCAAAGAUGCUCAGGGCAGCCUGGACAUGGAUGGCAAGUUUUCUCCUCUGUACCGCCAGGACAGCAGCAAGAUCACCACUGAUGACCUCAUCAAGCUGCUGGCCGACAUCAGGAAACCGGAGAAGAGCAAGCUUCAGGUCAUCCCUGGGCAGCUGAAUGUCACUAUUGAAUGUGUACCACCUGACUUCUCAAAUACAGUGACUUCCUCCUACAUUCCAGUCAAGCCAUUUGAGGAUGGUUGUGAGCGGGUGUCAGUGGAGAUUGAGGAGUUCCUCCCAGAGGAGGCCAAGUACAACUACCCCUUCACCACAUACAAGAACCAGCUCUACGUCUACCCCCUGCAGCUCAAGUACGACAACCAGAAGACCUUCACCAAGGCAAGAAACAUUGCAGUUUGCAUCCAGUUCAGAGAUUCAGAUGAAGAAGGUGCUACUCCUCUAAAGUGCAUCUACAGCAAGCCGGGAGACUCACUGUUCACCAGCAGCACCUACGCAGCUGUCCUGCACCAUAACCAGAGUCCUGAGUUUUACGAUGAGGUAAAGAUUGAGCUGCCGGUCCACGUGCAUGAGAAACACCAUAUCUUCUUCACCUUUUACCAUAUCAGCUGUGAGCCUAGCAGCAAGAAGAGAGAGGGAGUGGAGUCACUGGUGGGUUACUCCUGGAUGCCUUUGCUCAAAGAUGGGAGGAUGCAGUCAGUAGAACUCCAGCUGCCUGUAGCCGCCUCCCUGCCUGCUGGAUACCUGUGUCAAGACACUAGGAAGUCUCAACCGGAUAUCAAGUGGGUGGAAAAUGCCAAGGCACUGUUUAAAGUGAGGACCCAUGUGGCAUCAACAAUAUAUGCUCAGGACCUGCACCUACACAAAUUCUUCCAGCACUGCCAGCUGAUGGGGACGACGUCAGAGGGCGGCCCGGCAGAACUUAUCAAAUACCUGAAGUGCCUGCAUGCCAUGGAGACUCACGUGAUCAUCAACUUCCUACCAACUGUGCUGAUGCAGCUGUUUGAGGUGCUCACAGCAGCCACCAAAGAAGCCCAUGAGGUUGCUGUCAACUCUCUUCGUGUGAUAAUACAUAUAGUCUCCAGAUGUCAUGAGGAAGGACUGGAGCACUACUUGCGUUCUUUUGUUAAGUAUGUGUUUGUGACCAACAAUCCUGCGUCAGGAAACUCAGCAACCACUCACGAGGUGCUGGCCACUGCUGUCACGGCCGUCCUCAAGCAAACUGCUGAUUUCAACACCAGCAAUAAACUGCUCAAGUACUCCUGGUUCUUCCUUGAAACCAUGGCCAAAUCCAUGGCCCAGUACCUGCAAGAGGACAACCGCAUGAAGAUGCCGCGGGCCCAGCGCUUCUCCGAUGGUUUUCACCAAGCGCUUCAGUCCCUGGUCUUGUCCAUUAUGCCUCAUAUCACCAUCCGCCACAUGGAAAUCCCAGAGGAAGCCCGCUGCAUCAACCUGAGUCUGGCCAACUUCAUCAAGAGGUGCCUGACCUUCAUGAACAGGGGCUUCGCCUUCAGCUUGAUCAAUCACUACAUGUGUCAUUUCAGUCUUAAAGAUCCCAAGGUGCUGACUGAAAUGAAGUUUGACUUCCUGAUGACGGUGUGUAACCACGAGCACUUCAUCCCGCUCAACCUGCCCAUGGCUUUUGGGCGCACCAAGCUGCAGCGGGUACAAGAUUUAAUUCCAUAUGCGACGGAGCUUUUUGGCCCUGUAGAGCAGAGUCUAGAGUUCAGCCUGACAGAGGAUUACUGCCGCAAUCACUUCCUGGUGGGUCUGCUGUUGAGAGAAGUGGCCGAGGCCGUGCAGCAAGGCCCAGAGGUCAGGCAUCUGGCCGUGAGCGUGCUCAAGAAUCUUCUUGUUAAACACGCCAUAGAUGACCGCUACACAGCAUUCAAGAACCAGCAGGCCAGGAUCUGUUUGCUCUACCUACCUCUAUUUGAGCUGCUCUACCAGAAUCUGAAGCAGCUGUCUGCCCGGCCGCACGUCUCUAGCCCUGGGUCUGGCCUCAGUGACUCCAGAGAUGACCUGAUAUCCAGCGGUUCCGCAGAUAGCAGAAGAAUCAGCACUGCAAUUGAAAAAGACCAUGGUGUGCCAGCUCAGAAUGGCCUUGUUGUGAGGAGAGAGGACUCCAGAGGCUCUCUGUUUCUGGACCCAGGAACACCAGACAGCCUCGAGCUGCAGAGGCGCAGCUCCACCAUGAGCAGCAGCCCCAUGCCUCCCAUCAGCAGACUGGGCCAGUAUGAGAUCAGAGGCCUUCUGUUCUCUUUCCUGCAUAUUGUCAAGACCUUGUCAGAGGACACUCUCAUGGCCUACUGGAACAAAAUCAGCCCUCAAGACAUCAUGAACUUCCUCAGUUUGCUAGAGAUCUGUGUGGUUCAGUUUCGUUACAUUGGAAAGAGGAGCAUUGGCCGGAGUCAGGACAUUUGUGUGUCGAAGCUGUUCUCCUCAGACAGGAAGUCUCAGACAAUGCCAGCCAUGCGCUGCAACCGGGCCAGUCUCUUGCAGACUAAGAUACAACAGUUCAGCACCAUGGAAGCCUCCCUCACUCUCAAUAUAGGGACGGGGCCAUCAGAAGCAGAAGUCUACCACCUGGCUCUGCUGGAGGGCAACAUUUCCACAGAGGUCUCCCUAAGUGUCCUGGAUGUCCUGUGUUUCUUCACUCAGUGCUUCAAGACCCAGCUGCUGGACAGCGAAGGUCACAACCCCCUGAUGAAGAAAGUGUUUGAAGUUUACCUAUCCUUCCUCAAAGCUGGCCAAUCAGAAGCUGCUCUCAGACACGUGUUCGCUGCACUCAGAGCUUUCAUAAACAAGUUCCCUUCGGUGCUGUUUAAGGGCCGUGUGACGCUGUGCGAAGCUCUGUGCUGUGAGGUGCUCAAGUGCUGCGUCUCUAAGCUGUUGUCACUGCGUGCCGAGGCGUCCGCCCUGCUCUACCUGCUGAUGAGAAACAACUACGAGUACACCAAGAGGAAGACCUUCCUCCGCACACACCUGCAGAUCAUCAUCGCAGUAAGCCAGCUGAUCUCCGACGUGGCGCUGACUGGCAGCUCCCGCUUCCAGGAGUCUCUCUCCAUCAUCAACAACUUUGCAAACAGUGACAAGGUCAUGAAGUCCACAGCAUUCCCCUCAGAAGUGAAGGGUCUGACCAAGCGGAUUCGUACAGUGCUGAUGGCCACAGCUCAGAUGAGAGAGCACAAGAAAGACCCGGAGAUGCUGCUGGACCUCCAGUACAGCUUGGCCCGGUCCUACGCUAGUACCCCCGAGCUGAGACGCACCUGGCUGGACAGCAUGGCCAGAGCACACCUCAAGAAUGGAGAUCUCUCAGAGGCAGCUAUGUGUUACGUUCAUGUGGCUGCACUGGUUGCGGAAUAUCUACACAGGAAAAAGUUGUUCCCCAGUGGCCUGGCAGCUUUUAAGAAGAUCACCUUGAACAUCGAAGAGGAGGCUGCCAUGAAAGAAGACACUGGAAUGCAAGAUGUGUAUUACACUGAGGAAGUGUUGGUAGAACAUCUGGAGGUCUGUGUGGAGGCACUGUGGAAAGCGGAGCGCUAUGAGCUCAUCACACACAUUGCCAAACUCAUUAUCCCCACCUAUGAGAAGCGCCAUGAGUAUGAGAAACUAAGCCGCCUGUACGACACUCUGCACAGAGCCUACAACAAGAUAAUGGAGGUGAUACAGUCAGGCCGCAGGCUGCUUGGCACAUACUUCAGAGUGGCUUUUUAUGGACAGGGCUUUUUCGAGGACGAGGAUGGGAAGGAGUAUAUUUACAAAGAGCCCAAGCUCACAGGCCUGUCUGAAAUCUCUCAGCGGCUGCUGACACUCUACGGGGACAAGUUUGGCCCGGAAAAUGUCAAGAUCAUUCAGGACUCAAACAAGGUAAACCCCAAAGAUCUGGACCCUAAGUUCGCCUACGUCCAGGUGACGUUCGUCAAGCCCUACUUUGAUGAGAAGGAGGCACAAGAAAAGAAGACUGAUUUUGAGAAGUGCCACAACAUCAACCGCUUUGUGUUUGAGACUCCGUACACACUGUCGGGCAAAAAGCACGGCGGGGUGGAGGAGCAGUGCAAGAAGAGGACUGUGCUCACAACUGCCAACACCUUCCCAUAUGUGAAGAAGCGUGUGGACGUGGUGGGGGAGAAGCAGGUGGAGCUUAAGCCGGUGGAUGUGGCCAUUGAUGAGAUGAAAGCGCGGACAGCGGAGCUGACCAAGCUCUGCUCCAGCCAAGAGGUGGACAUGAUCCAACUGCAGCUCAAACUGCAGGGCUGCGUCUCUGUGCAGGUGAAUGCAGGUCCCAUGGCCUAUGCCAGAGCAUUCCUGGAUGACAGCAAAUCCAACCAGUCUGGUAACAAGAAAGUGAAAGACCUUAAAGACAUUUUCAGGCGUUUUGUUGAGGCGUGCAGCAUGGCUCUGGACAUCAACGAGCGUCUGAUCAAAGAGGACCAGUUUGAGUACCAUGAGGGCCUGAAGGCCAACUUCAAGGAAAUGGUGAAGGAGCUGUCAGACAUCAUCCAUGAGCAGAUCUACCAGGAGGAUAUGAUGCGCUCGCUGUUACAAAACUCCCUCCAUGUGUUUCAUGCCAUCAGCGGGAUGUCCACCGACCUGGGCUGACCUCUGCCCUCCCAGGCUGCCUCUGCUGCCACCAUCCACCCUUGUGUGUGUCCUCUCGCUUCUCCCUUUAGGACCUUAACUGGAAAAUCACAGGGCAGCUCUCUGAUUUAGGUCGCCCCCAGCUACACUUGCCAGAACACCCUUGGGUGAAGAUGCCGUUUGGCUGUCUUCAGAAUCUCUCCUGGAUGUGCAACGGGUGGUCAGGGGGUGAAAGACUAUGGCACGGCAGCCGCAUCUACUAUUCAAGCUACAGUAUUUCUGAGAAUGUAUCGUAGCAACACCAACUAAAUGUCAGCAUGUCAGGUGUAGAUCGCAUUGCACUUUUCUUCUGCCUUGGUGACAGACUGCAGGCUUUAUUCUUUUUCUAGGGGGAGAUACUGCACUAAGCAACGUUGCCCUUCAGAUCUAUGCAGAACAUGUCACACCCUUUAUACUUCAGUUAGCGUUUAGAUGGGAAUAGCAUCUUUUGCAUUGUACCACAGUGUGUUCGGUUUUUUUUUUCUGCCACUGUGAGCACUAUCCCAACUCAACCAGUUCUGAUUUCUUGUGACAGGCACCGAAACCAAACGUAUUUUCUGUCAAGCCAAGGGUUGGUUUCAUAAGCUAGCAGCACAUUCCAACUAGCUUGACAGGUUGUGAUAAGCAAAUAAGAGCAGCAGCUUAUAGUGACUGCCCUAUUUGUUCAAUGACAAAUGUAAAAGUCUGUCUGUUCCAAAGUGAAUGAAAAGACAAACCUCAGGGCUGUGUUAAAGCAGUGUGCUUUGAAGAGGGGUUUGCAGAAUUCAAAAGUAGCUCAGUUAUAUUGUACAUGUAAAAAAAAAAAAAAAAAAAAAAAAAAAAAUCUGGUGUCCUUAGAUUAUUCUGGCUAAAAAUGUCAAGCCAGAAAAGAUUAUGAUUAUGAAUACUCUGAGCCUUGUAACAAUCAUUGUGAAACAGUAUUCUGUGGGCUCAUUCUGUGGCCUGUGAACUUUUGCAGUCAGAGGGUCUGAGGGCAGGACACACAGAUGGUGUGACGAUGUUUAGUUCAGUGAGUACAUGAAGAAUUCCUCUCAUGUGAAUGUAGACCCAGUGCCUUUGUGCUCUGCCUCCCAAAAAGGCUUGUAUCUCAAGUGAUAAGACUCAUCACAUGCUGGUUCUUCACAGUAUUUCACAAGUGCUACACUGAAUUAGCAGAUAGAUGAAUACUAUUUAAGCAGAUGUACAUAAUUUGUUCUCAUGCUGUAAAUUGAAUUCUUUAUCCAUGUAUGUUUGUAUGUAUGUAUUUAUAUUUGUAACAUCCUGGACUCUUGUUCAGUCAAAAUCUGUCCUAGGAGAGAGGUUUUCUUUCCUUUUUUCAUUUUUAUUGCAUUAUAAACUGAAGCGCAGCUGCUUGACACACUUACUUUGUAAAGCCUAUUUCCAAUAAAACCUGGAAAAGUGACUAAGGCGUCAUUAAAAAGCUCAAAACAA